AUGGCGAGCUCACCACCGACUGCGAGACACAGCUUCUCAUGGCUGACCGACGCGGGCUACUUCAACAUGCAAGCACAUAUGAUCCCCCUCAGAUCGCUUCCCUAUCCAACCACGAGCUAUGACGGCAAGACAGUGCUCAUCACCGGCGGCAACGUGGGGCUAGGGAGAGAAGCUGCCCGUCAUUUCUACCGCCUCGGCGCGAAAAGAGUGAUCCUCGCCUGUCGUGACGUCGAAAAAGGCCGAGCCGCACAGGCAGACGUUGAGACCUCCUCGCCGUCGUCUAAGCAGGGUGGUGCUGUCGAAGUCUGGCAGGUCGACCUCGCCAGCUUCCAGAGCGUAAAGGAGUUUUGCCGCCGGGCGGAUGCGGAGCUCGAUCGCCUGGACGUCGUCGUGGGCAAUGCAGGCAUCGCCAUCGGCACGUAUGUCGAAGCCGAUGGGGGUUUCGAGAGCACUAUUGCUAUCAACGUCGUGUCGACGUUCUUGAUGGUUCUCCUGUUGCUGCCGCUUAUGAGACGGACGGCGGUGAGGUUCAAUGUGGAAACGAAAGUUGUCAUCGUUUCUUCGGAUUCGCACAUGUUUGCGAGAUUUCGGGAAAGGGAGGAGCUAAAAGGUCUGGAGGCUUUCAAGGGGAAGGAAAAUAUGAACGAGGAUCGAUACAACACGUCCAAACUGUUGUCCAUCUGGAUUGUGAGAGAAAUGGCCGCCAGAAUGGCUCCGAACGACCCUGUUGUCCUGAACUGCAUCAACCCGGGCUUCUGCAGGACGGAAUUGUUCCGUCACAACACGUUUCCCCUGAACUACAUUGUGAGAUGUACCCUUCGCCUCCUCGGAAGAACGGCAGAGAUGGGUUCCCGCACGGUGAUGGCCGCGGCCGCGGCAGGGCGGGAAAGUCACGGGCAGUACAUGGAUAGCUGCGUCGUCCGCACGCCCAGCAAGCUUGUUGUCAGUGCAGAAGGGCAAAACCUCCAAUCCAGGGUCUAUGAAGAGCUGGAGGGCGUCUUGGAAGACAUUCAGCCGGGAAUCACCAGUGUUAUCGGGGAUCGCUGA